AUUCCUGUAAAGUGCCUUGAGAUUUCUUUUUACCAAAGGUGUAAAACGGGUCAUUGCCUAUCUGAACAGAAGAAAUCUAGCUUCCUGGCCCACUACCUUAUUAAGACAGUCAACAGGCCGCAGAAAGAGAUGCAAUUUUAUGUUUAACAUCUGUUUUCCAGGCGGAGUUUUAGUUUUAUUGUUGAUGUUCUGCGGCGAAUUUCAAAAGAGGAAAUACUUCCAUUCAGUCCUGGACACGCUUACCUUGUCCGGCCUCUGGGGUUGCGGCCUCUUCCAGGCUGUCGGGAUCGGGCCCUGUGGCUGACUGGGCCUGGGUCUGCUGGAGACGCGGCGGCAGCGGGUCGGAGCUCCCGUACCUGGGGGUGAACACAAAGAGGGGAGAGAGUUGAGACCGUGCGGCGGGAUCGACAGAAAUGCGGAAGUGUUCGAGGAGGAGGGACGAUUGUGAGUGAAGCAUCAUCUUCCAUUCCCCAACAACAAGUUGAAGGUCGAAAAGUUGGGACGACAGGGAACUGUGUGUGCAGCUCAGCCUCCAGUCCACUGAAUCUGACCUGAGGUUCCUGUAGCUACAGACUCUCACAGUGGCUGUUUUUGCCUUGGAUCACUACUGGCUUCCAGAAGCUCCAGCAUCCUGCAGUUACAGCACAUUACCUGACUUGACAUCUUUAUUGUGUGUUGACAGUGCUGUGAAGUAGGAGAUUGUUUUAGAAAAUAAAAAUGCCAGCAGGGGUGUCGUGGCCUCGUUAUCUGAAGACGUUGGGGUCAAGCCUUCUUGCGAUGUUUGCAGGAGCAGAGGUAGUACACAGGUACUACAGACCAGAUUUGAGUAUACCAGAAAUUCCACCUAAACCAGGCGAGCUUAAAACAGAACUACUGGGUCUGAAAAGUCAAGUACAAACUCACAAUUCUGAACAACAUUAAAAAGAAAGUGGAAAAAAUUCAAAGUUCUUAAGUUAUGGGCAGCUUAUAAUGCAUUUAAAAAUUCCACUCAAGUGUUGUUUGCUUGUAUAAGUGUGUACAAUUCUUUCACCCAUGUGUGACCAAAUGUAUUUAAAGGUAAGCUGUUGGCCCACUUUACAGAAAAUGGUGGUCUGCUGGUAUAUCUAGCCACGAUUAGUGAAUUCUUCAGACCUUACAGCGGAUUGAGAAACUGCAGGGUUGUUUUUGUCUUUAUCUUGCAAUGUAAAUAUUCUUAAAGUUAAAAAAGAACAUUUUCCAUUUCAUUGUUAAUUGAGUGUGGCUUGUGGGUUUCCAAGUUAAAACAUUUUGCCAAGUACUUCACCGUUUGUAAGUUACAAAUAAGAUGAAGUGAACUUGAGAAUAUCUGUUCAUUUCAUAUUCAAACAAGUUCCUGUUUGUAGUUGUAUGCUGGAUUAUUAGCACCUGCUGGACAUGUUUCAUGGGCUCUCAACCAUGUUGAGUAUUCACAGAACUGCCAGUCAGCUAUUUCAUUCAAGGCUGAGAACAUAUUUGGUCAAUGCAAUUUCCUAUUACUACUGACUAGUUUCAAUUCAGCUUAGACAGUAAACAAAAUCUUGACUUGACACAAGUCAACCUAAUGAUUAAGCUAUAAAAAUGUUACCUGAGGGUUUUGCAAGUUUUCUUGCGAAAGCACAUUUUACAGGGCAGCUGAACAAUUGAAAAUACUUGAGGGGGUAAAAUUUAAACAAGGUAUGACUUAAGCUGAGUGCCUAGUUAUUUCUGGACGAACUGACACCUUACUAUAUUGAUUUUAGACAGUAGAAUGGAGUGCUAAGACUGCAAUCCUAUAGAAAAGGAUCCUGCAGGCCAAACUGCUCUAUUUUGGAACAUUUUGCAUGCCAGCAAUUUAUUUUAAGUGGGUUUCAUUGAAUGAACAAUAUUAAAAAACCUUGAACAAA